UUAUUACAUGCUUAUUCAAUAUAACAUAACCUCGUAAAAUUAGUUGUUUUGUUUAUAUUUAAACAUUUGUAAAAAUAAGAGUUAAUAGAGCCCAUUCUUUGUAUUUCUGAAAUGGUUUUAUGUUGCUUUUGUUAAGUGUUCUUUCAUAGUAAUAAAAGUAAAGUUAUGUCAACAAAUAAAACAGAUGAUUAUUGGAAUAGAAGCUUAAGCACUGGGUUCAGUUUUGAUGAUGAAGAUGAUACUUCGAAAGGGCUGUUUACAAACAGUACACUUACUUUUGAGGCAAACUCAAUUGAAUCAGCUUUCUCAUCAUCACCACUGGACACUGAUUUAUAUGUUUUACCUAUUCAAACAGUUAUAUCAAAAAAGAACUUAGAUGCUGUUUUGGAUGAUGUCUUACAAAGUAAGCCUGCAUAUAGAGAAGUAAAAGAGACUAUCAAAAGAAUGGUACUAAACCAACCGUAUAACUUGAUAUGUUAUCAUUCAUUAAUGGAAAAAGAAGAAUUACUUGAUGAAGCCACCACCACUAUGGAUGGUGAUGUUAUAUUAAAUGUUGUUCUAUUUUUAUUGAAUACAUUAAAUUCAUCAAAUUUUCAUCGUAUAAUAAGUAAAAGGAAAGAAGCAUGGCACCAGUACUUAUCAUACUUAGGGAGCAGAUUGCAAACCCAACAAUUAUCAAAUACACUAUUGUCAGUGGGAUCUAGUUCAGAAAUUAUUGAGAUAUUUUAUAUGGCUAGCGUAGAUAUUCCAAGUGUUGAAGGAGUGUUAUCAAAAUUAGGGCAUUUUAUUGUGGAACAUUUUGGAGAAAUUGUUUCAGAGAGGGAAAAAUCUGUUUUACUUGAUUAUCAAAAUUUUUUAAAGUGGCAAAAAACUGAAAAUAGUAAAAGCCAAUCAGUAACAGAAGAACUGACAAAUCUAUGCAAUAGCACUUGGAAAAGUAAAGGUGCUGACGAAAAUAAAAUUAUAGAAUUUAAAAAAUUGAUGAAAAUAAGCGACUUGCAGUACGAAUGGGUUCUUUUAAAUACAUUGGCUGCUGCAGAACAGUGGGACAAAAUAUUGUCAAUGUUUAUUAAAUCUAAUUGGCUUACUAAGAAGAAUGUAAUAAAAUCGGUAAUUGAUGUACAAAUUCUUCUGCUGGGUCUGUUUAGGCACAAUCCCCCGAAAAAUGUGAUAAUUGAACUAUUGAAUUGUAUACCUGAUAGUGAUAUAAGCUUUCACCUUGCAAAACAAAUGAAAUGCUAUAGAUUUGCUGUGGAUUCAUACAUCAAUCAGAGAGACAGAUUAGGAUUAAUUUUAUAUAAAAAUCAAUUGCCUGCACAAUCUGAAGAAUUUUUUUAUGCUGAAAGUGCCCUACAUUCUUUAAACGUUAAGUGGAAGAAUUAGAUGAUAAUUUAAAAAUCAUGUACCUGGACCUUCGCUACCUAAAACAGCUUAAUUAAAUUUUUGUUUUACAUAUACACAACUAUGCACCUGCUUGAAUAUAAAUAAGUAUUAAUAAAUAUGCAAAGUUUAAUUUU